AUGAAGUGCAAUCGACAUUUUCUCGCUUUCCUAAUUGCUUCAGCUCUUGCUGCCUGCAUUUCUGCCGAGGAAGCUGUUCCUAAUGCUUCUAUUGCAGAAGAAAGACCGGACUUUAAGCCCACAACUAUUGAAGCUCCAUUUUUAGAACAAUUUACAGACGACUGGUCUAAACGAUGGUUUCCAAGUUCUGCCACCAAAGAAACAAAAGGCGAGGGUCAAGAAGUCUUCAGUUAUGUUGGAAAGUGGGAAGUUGAAGAGCCAACUGUCUUCCCAGCUAUUUUAGGAGAUAAGGGACUCGUUUUAAAAUCAAAAGCAGCACAUCAUGCUAUAUCUACGUCUCUUAAAACGCCUUUGGAUAACACAAACAAAAAUUUGGUAGUUCAAUAUGAAGUAAAACUUCAGAAUGGACUUGAAUGUGGCGGUGCAUAUAUGAAAUUAUUGACAGAAUCCGAGAAAGGGAUCCAUGCUGAAGAGUUUUCUGAUAAAACACCUUACACGAUUAUGUUUGGACCUGAUAAGUGUGGUAGCACUAAUAAGGUGCACUUCAUCUUCAGACACAAAAAUCCAAAGACAGGUGAAUAUGAGGAAAAGCAUAUGUCAAGUGCUCCUUCAGCGAAAAUAUCAAAACUUAGCACUUUGUAUACACUUAUCGUAAAGCCUGAUAAUUCAUUCGAAAUUCUUAUUAAUAAUGAAUCAACCAAGACCGGUAACCUUCUUAAUGACUUUACACCUGCCGUCAAUCCCCCAAAGGAAAUUGGAGAUCCUAAUGAUAAAAAACCAGAUGAUUGGGUUGAUCAACCAAGGAUGGCCGAUCCUGAUGCAAAGAAACCCGACGAUUGGGAUGAGGAUGCACUUAAAGAGAUUCCUGAUGAAGAUGCUAAAAAACCAGAAGGUUGGCUUGAUGAUGAACCGCUUUUUAUCCCAGACCCAAAUGUUAAGAAACCAGAGGACUGGGAUGAAGAAGAGGAUGGAGAUUGGAUUGCUCCAACAAUUUCUAAUCCAAAGUGUGAAGAAGCUCCUGGAUGUGGUGAUUGGGAGCCUCCAAUGAAGAAUAAUCCUAAUUACAAAGGUAAAUGGUAUCCUCCGGAAAUCGAUAACCCAGCUUACAAAGGUCCAUGGACGGCUCGUCUAAUUCCAAACCCCGAUUACUAUGAAGAUUUACAUCCUUCCAACUUUGAAAAAAUCGCUGCCAUUGGCUUUGAACUCUGGACUAUGCAAGACAACAUUCUUUUUGAUAAUAUUUAUAUCGGUCAUUCUGUGGAAGAUGCAAAAAAAUUUGCUGAAGAAACAUGGGUUGUUAAAUAUAAGAUCGAAAAAGAAACUGAAGAUAAGGAAUUGAAGAAAGAUAUUUCAGAAUCUCCUAUAUCUUUCUGGGACGAUCCUGUUAAAUACUUGCGAACGGAAGUUGAUAAUUUCCUUGCUCUCGCAUUUGAAGAACCUUUGGAAGCUAUUAAACAAAAACCAGAGAUAGCAGGGCUUUUCGGUGGAGCAGCUCCAUCGGCCCCUCACAAAAAAACUGACGAACCAACCCCGGAUGAUAAAGAUGCAGAUAAAGACGUUGCAGAUUCACCGAAAGAUGAUGGAAGUGAAGGCGAUAAUGAAGGAGAAAGUAAUGUAACUAAAAGAUCAUUAAGAAAGAAGCCACCAAAAGACAAUUAA